GCGAGCAGCCCUGGGGAAAUGGGAAUGGGCUUUGAGAGGCGGAAGGCGGCAAGCGCAACCUCCGGGGCUCUGCCGCCCUCUUGACCGCGGCUGGCUGGCGCCGUCUUGGGCUGCUAGGGGACGAGUAGAAGUUCAGACGUAGUUUGCCUUCCCUUGUUGCAGGUGGGGCACCUGUCCCCAUCCCACAGAGCACGGUGAAGGAAGCAAGAAUCCCAUAGAUAUCCAUUGGGAGUUUUAACACAGAAAUUAGGCUCUCAAAAUGGAUAUUUUUGGAGACUUGCGGCGAAUGAACAAGCGCCAGCUCUAUUACCAAGUUUUAAAUUUUGCCAUGAUCGUGUCUUCAGCCCUAAUGAUAUGGAAAGGCCUUAUUGUUAUCACCGGGAGUGAGAGUCCAAUUGUAGUAGUGCUCAGUGGUAGUAUGGAACCAGCCUUCCAUAGAGGAGACCUCUUGUUCUUGACAAAUUUCCGAGAUGACCCCAUCAGGGCCGGAGAAAUAGUCGUUUUCAAAGUCGAAGGAAGAGAUAUUCCAAUUGUGCACAGAGUGAUUAAAGUUCACGAAAAAGAAAAUGGCAACAUCAAAUUUUUGACGAAGGGCGAUAAUAAUGAAGUUGAUGACAGAGGUUUGUACAAAGAAGGACAAAACUGGCUAGAAAAGAAAGAUGUCGUAGGCAGAGCCCGAGGGUUUUUGCCGUAUGUUGGAAUGGUGACCAUAAUCAUGAAUGAUUAUCCAAAAUUUAAGUAUGCUCUCUUAGCUGUCAUGGGAGCAUAUGUACUUCUGAAACGGGAAUCAUAAAAGAAACUGGAAUUGCCUUGGACAACUUAUCAGCAUAGUUAUAUGAAGAGAUACUAAUAUAUUUGAAACAUCCCCUUGUCUGCAGAUAAUAUGUGACAUGUGCAAACCAUAUUGUAUUUGUUUUGUUCCUCUUCAUGUUGCAGUCUUAACUGUGGAUAGCCCAAUUGCCUUCAUUGAGUCACACUGAUAUUUUUUUUUAUUAUGUCCAUCUUCCCCAACCUGGUUCAGCUCUCCAAAUUCUCAGUCAAAAAAGUCUUUUGGACAUCUUGGGUGGAGAUUACAUAAAUUGUGGUCUAAAACCAAGUUAGGGAAGGCAACAUUCUCUUAGUUGUUUUGUUAUCAAAUAAUUGUUUUAAUUUCUACAUGUUCACACAAUUGAUACCAAAAUAGUGGUAAAAUUUCUGAGAGGGAAGUGGUAGGAGCCUCAUAGAAUAUGUGUUCACCUUUUCUCACCAGUGACAAAAAUGGAUCUGCUUAUUUUGAAAAUAUUUGCAAUUUGUCCCACCUUCAGAUUAUUCCCAUCUCCCACCCAGGCAGCAGUUCAGUUACUGAUGAUUUGUUGAGCAAUAGACCCUUCUUCUGAAUGAUUUUACAAAGACAGACAAAUGCUCCUAACAAAGAAUUGAAAACUACAGUUUUGAUUAAGCUUGUGAGAAGACCCUUUCUACAAGAGUGGUAAUUCUUCAAGUUGCAUUGCUUCCUCCAAACCAGCUUGAAAAUCAAGAUCCACGAUGAUAUUAUCUGAGUUAGUGCCUUCCACUUAUAUAGAUAGUCCUUGCUUAACAGCACUAAUUGGGACUGGCAACUAUGCCAGUGACACAGUUGCAAAGCAUGACAUUACAUGACCGCGCCAACUUAACCAUGGCAGUUUGUGCAGUUGGAGUUGUUCAGCAAAUCUCACGCUGUCAUUAAGCAUGACAUCACAUGAUUGCCAUUUUCAACUUCCUACUGGCUUCCCCAUAGACUUCGCUAGUCAGAAACCAGCCAUGAAGAUUGCAAAUGGCAAUCAAGUGGCCGUGGGAUGCUGAUUGAAAAAUGUAAGGUAGUUUUCAACUUACAACCACAAUUGAGCCCAAAAUACCUGUUGCUAACUAAGCAAGAUAGUUUUUAAGUGAGCUUUGCCCUAUUUUAUGACCUUUCUUACCAUAGUUGUUGCUGCAAUAGUUCUAAGUGUGAAAAACAGUCACAAGUCACUUUCUCCUAGUUCUGUUGUAACUUUGAAAGUCACUAAACCAAUGGUUGUAAGUCGAAAACUAACGCUAUGCUCCUGCUAAGUUCCCUUAAUCAUCAGUCAGUCCCAAGUGUUAUAUUGAUUUGGAUUUGCAACCUAAGAAAGCUAUAGAAGAGUGUUUCUCAAUUUCAGCAACAUUAGGAUGUGUUCGCUCGCUUGAAUUCUGGAAGUUGAAAUCCCCACAUCCUAAAAUUGCCGAGGGUGAUAAACACUGCUAUAAAAAAUGAGGGUUUUAAAAAGAAGUGAUAUCCUCUUCAGCUUUUUAAAUUUAAUAUUUAUAGAGGCGUUUCCUUAUUCAAUAAAAUAUUAGAAAGCACAUGAGGCCUACACAACUGAUCUAUUGUAUCAGGAUUGCAGUCAGUAAAGUGACAGUUAAUAGAACAAUAAUUUAAUAUAAUGUGAGAACUUGGUAAUCAGUAACUGUUUGAUGAUGCCGCUUGGAUGUAUGUAUGAAGGUCCAUCAGCUCAAAGUAGCUUUAUUAUAAUGAAGUAUGAUCCUGUGCUUGGAUGCUUUGCCUGAAAUUGCUGCUUCCCUAUGCAUUGAAAAAAGGAGAAAAAACUUUCCUUGUUAUAGGAGUUAGACAACCUUGAAAUAAGAAUAGGACUACUGAAAGGAAAGGAAUGUGAAUGAUACAAGAUAGUGGAUCCAGACCAGCCCCCCAAAAUCAGGAAGGCUAAAACUAUAAUAACAACAGAAUCUUGUAAGUCUAUGUAUGUUAUACCUUUUCCUCCUAUUUAGUUUUAGAAAGUAAAAUUCAGAAUACAGAAUUAGAAAGUUUUCUGUCUGAGCCUCUUCUGAAUGUUAUCUGCCUGUUGUGGAUUUAAAAUUUGUUUUACUGUUCAUUGUCCUGGCAAUAUGGAAUUUGCAUGUGUCCAUCAAAGUCAUCUUUAUUCUCUACAGUACUUUUGGGUUCUUGUGUUAUUCUUGCCGACAUUUCAUUAGUAGGCUGGGUGCAUGUGAGAAUGCCCCCUGCCUUUCUCAUUAGUGGCCAGGUGCACCAGGGAUAUAUCCUCCCCUAGUAUUGAAAUGUCCACAAGAACACCACGAAGUUCAGCUCACCAAGAAACUAACAGCUGAAUCUGGAGCUAUGUAUAAGCUCUAAUAGUGGAACAAGGAAAUGGAGAAAAGUUUGACCUAAAACCUUUUAUUAUAUCUGUGCUGUUGGUAUAAGCCUUUGUAAUUCCUAUAGCUCCACUCAGAUGGGGCUGGGAAAUAGAAUUUGUAGUGUAAAAUCUCUACCCAAGAUCACAUUCUAUUUUAACUUGCUCUUCCAACUUUAUUUUUAGCCUUUUAAAUUCUUUUUGUGGCCUUAGGGAAAUCACUUUAAAAAUGUGAAUAAUAUGGAUAUUUUGUUUAACUUCUGUCUUGCAAUUUCACGGUAAUAAAUGUGUCAGUUCUUUCUCUGUUUUUUUAAAGUAAAUUGCUGUAAAGGCUUGCCAGGUUUCUAUGAAAAGACCCACAGAGAGUAAAAGGAAAAACAAGCUGUCAGUUGAGCUAUAUUAAUAAAUUGAUGCCCACCGAUCGAUCUCUCUUUGUUUUAUCAUGCUAUGCAAUAAUAUUAAAACAUUGUUGUCUUGGUUUUAUAACUUAA